AUGCAGUACAAGAGCCACGUUGUUUGCAGUGUUUGCAGUGAGCCGAAGCCGUCGAAAUUGCCAUUUUUUCAUGUGAAAUUGGCAAAAGGAAAGUCGUUCACCGACAUGGUGCUCCAGAAGCCAUGGCAAUGUAUGGACCACUUGGGAAAAUCGGCUAUGAUCGAGAAGAAGAUCAUAGCCGACAAGUUCAACUCGAACUUCAUAUGGUUCCAUGUUGACUCUGAUGAGGGACGUUGCAAACAAAUGAGAAUGAAGGACAACCAGGAAUUCAUCAUCUUUGGAGAACAUUGUCGGCUGGUCGGCUUUCUGGACGUUAAGAUAGUACCCGGAGGCAAUCACGUGAUUGCUUGGAUACAGAAUGGCGGAGUCUGGAGCCGGGUUUCGGAUCAUCACAAGAAGAAAUUUUGGAGCACGUCAUUCGACAUGGACUCAUUAUACACGAUGCCUCUGUUCCUAUUCGAGCGCAAAUGA